GUCUUUACCACUUCUCCUGAUCUUUGGCACGGGCGUGACAUUAACAGAGGUGCACUGCUAUCGUUGCUGUCCCUCCAUCGGUCUAUUGCGUCUCCUUACUUUGCUCUUUUUCCGACCGUGCCCGAGUCACAGUUUGUGGAAACGAAAAAAAAAUAAUAAUAAUUCCACCAGCAGAUCAAAUGUCCCAAGUACCGAAGUCGCAGGAGGCGCAGUCGAAGGAGGAUCUGGACCUCCGCGUGCGUCAGGGCCUUCAGAAGCGCAAGAAGUGCGCCUUGUGCACUCAAACCUUCUACGUGAACGAGCUUCCUGGUGCGAUCACGCACAAGUCCAUCUUAGAACUCCGUCAGAAGUGGGGCAUGGAUGUGCGCCGAGGGGACCACAUGCCGCCGCCGUCGCAGCUGUACAAGCGGGAGGAAAUCUGCAUCUUUUGCAUGCAAUUCUUCGACACCACAGGUUCCAUGCAAACUCAACAGAAGUUGCUAGCGUCGACCCGUGACGGCAUCUCGCCCUCGCUAACGCUGCGGUAG